AGAAGCACUUCCUCAUCAAAAUAUUCCGUGUUAGAAAUACGUUUGGUGUCUCAUACUGACAGCGCGUCGAUUUUUCUAACAACCAUGCCGGGUCCAUAUAAAGAAACAGACCUAACAGAGAGAGUUGAAGCUUUUCUGUCCGACCUGAAGCGCGGGGGGAGCGGGACGGGACCUCUCCGGGGCUCGGCGGAGACCGCACGAGAAACGACAGCCCUGCUCCGCAAAAUUACAGCUCAGGCUCGCUGGAGCAGCGCAGGUGAUCUGAUGGAAAUAAUCCGGAAAGAGGGGAGGAGAAUGUCUGCAGCCCAGCCAUCAGAGACCACUGUUGGUAACAUGAUCAGAAGGGUGCUGAAGAUCAUUAGAGAGGAAUAUGCCAGGUCUCGGGGUAGCAGUGAGGAGGCAGACCAGCAGGAGUCACUCCACAAGCUGCUAACCUCUGGAGGGCUCAGUGAGGAGAACUUCAGGCAGCAUUUUGCUCCCCUCAAAGCCAAUGUCAUCGAGGCCAUCAAUGAGUUACUGACGGAGCUUGAGGGAACAACUGACAACAUUGCUAUGCAAGCCCUGGAGCACAUCCACUCCAAUGAGGUCAUCAUGACAAUUGGACGCUCACGCACAGUGGAGGCUUUCCUCAAAGAUGCUGCACGUAAACGCAAGUUCCACGUCAUUGUGGCAGAGUGUGCUCCCUUCUGUCAGGGACACGAAAUGGCCACCGAACUGUCAAAAGCUGGCAUUGAAACAACUGUGAUUGCCGAUGCUGCCAUAUUUGCUGUCAUGUCUCGGGUUAAUAAGGUCAUCAUUGGUACCCAGACAGUUUUAGCCAAUGGUGGUUUGAGGGCAAUCAAUGGGACACACACUCUCGCCCUAGCAGCCAAGCACCACUCAACACCUCUCAUUGUUUGUUCUCCAAUGUUCAAACUCUCACCUCAGUUCCCAAAUGAAGAAGAUACCUUCCAUAAAUUUGUUUCCCCACAUGAGGUCCUCCCUUUCACUGAAGGUGAAAUUCUGUCGAAGGUGAAUGUUCACUGUCCAGUGUUUGACUACGUCCCUCCUGAGCUCAUCACACUGUUCAUCUCUAACAUUGGUGGACAUGCGCCAUCAUAUAUUUAUCGACUGAUGAGUGAACUUUACCACCCAGAGGACCAUGAGCUUUAAUCUAUGAGAUUAACAAAUAAAUCAAAUUAAAUA